CCUUCCCAUCUUACUCUAUCCCCUUCACGAAGAUCUGCUUUUUGUUUUUUUAUUUUCCCCCUCCCAGCACCCCCCUCUCUUACACACACACCAGAUUUGCCAAGCUCCAUAAUUAGUCCCUCCCUUGGUAAAAAUGUGUUUCCUCUGCUUCGUUUGGCUCUGCUUAAACUGCCUAUCCCUUCCUUGCUUAUUCAGCCCCUUUAACGUCCUUAAAAACAUCGCUACUCAGUUUUUCUCCUUUCCGUCAUCGCCUUCUCCAAAGAUCCACUCAUUUACCCUCUAAGUAACCUUUCCCGUUGGUUCUCAUCCUUUCCCUCUAAACACCUCUGCCCUGCUUGUGAUUCCAUCCUAAAACAUGAGUCUUUCGAUUACUCUUCCCUCCUCCUCUCCCCAGAGUGUCCUCCCCCCCAUCAGUUUCCCUUCCUUCUCAACCGGCUCCACCUAAAUAUCCUGCUUUCUCAUGUUAACAACUUCCCUUAUAGAAAUUCCUUCCUCUUUAUUACUGAUCUCCUUUGCCCUUCCUUGCAUAAUUAGGCUUCCCAUGAAUCUACCUUCCUGUAUGGUAUCUCCGCCCUCAAAUACCUAUCCCCAUCAAGUGUCUUGCUUAAUCUCAGUUUUACCCCUUUGCCCUGAUAAUGUUUUCCCCCUCCAGUAUCGCAAAAUAUCCCCUAAAAACACUCUCAAUACAUUAGUAUUCCCUUUUCUUAACCUCAUUUCUUGCUUUCUAAACCUUUGCAUUUCCCUCAUUAAUAGAUGAUCAUUUCCUUAAAUAGCUUCCCUUUUUAGUUCUGGCCUCUUCUCAAAGUGAACGUCCUCUGGUUCCUAUAAAGCUUUUUAUACUCUAUUUUACCAGUAAUACUGCUUUUCAGUAUUUCCCCCCCCCUGUACUUUUUCAUUCACUGAGCCCCAGUAAAACCCCACGCCCUUGUCUGCCUGAGUUUAAGCCCCUUCAAUCCUCCUCUGCCUUUUGCAUGUCCUUUAAACCCUUAAAUUCCCUGCCCAUUCCUUCAUCUUUGCUGGAAUUCCCCAUGUUCUCUUGGUAUAAAUUUCUUCCUGUUUCUUUAGCCUAUUGUAUUUAAAAGCGGGGAGGGACAACAAUGUCCUAUCCCCUUCCUCUUGUUUCCCUGGUUAACCAGCUGCUUUCAACCCCCCCCCUUUUCUCUUCCUGGCCCUCUAAAUCCUUCCCUCUUAACCUGCAGUCUCCCCUCACUCGACCUCGCCCCCAUCUUGUAUUUUCUCCCAUUUGCUUGUUAGAGCCACAUGCAACCAGGCUCGAGGAAUGUCUGUGGCGUUCCUGCUUUCUCUUUAUCUCUCUUUCUCUUUGCCCUGGGUUUCCUCAGUAGGGGACCCCCAACUACCGGUACUGUCCCUCUGCAGUCACUCUGUAGGGAGAGGGAGGGAGGGGGCAGCGGCAGCGACUGCUUGGUUUUGGCUGCAUGUUUGAGGAGUGCGACAGACGGUGGUGGUGUGUGGACGGAAGCUGCUGGCGCUCUGGGCGAAUGAGAAGGCAGGUGUGUGCCUGUGUGUGGGAGGGGGACACGUUGUUUGUUCCUGGAGCUUUUAGAUAGUGCAGGAAUGCAUGGAAUGCCUCGGAAGCCCGCUGCAACAGAUCGCUUCUUGCCCAGCUCUCUGAACAGCCAAAGGUCACUGGACCAUCUCUUGAACAGCAAAAAAAGAAAAAGCCCCGUUCCUGCCGCCUUGCUGCAGAGAGAGGAGAAGAAGCAGUAGCUGUACUGCAUGCUUUAAGCAUGGCAUCACACAGGAUCAGAGUCUAGUCAGAUUCCUCCCCUUGAAGGCUACUUUUGAUGGCCCUUCUAAUGACUGUUGGUUUGACCUAUCCCUGUUGAGCAAGGCAAGAGCUUGCCUUACCCCCUCUCUUUCAAACGUAUUUUGUGCCAAGUUAUGAUUCAGACGUCAUUCCGUUCAGUACUGUAGCAUUUUGGUACAUGACUCAAAGCAGAGCUAUGGAAACUGAGGGAAGCCCUGCAGAAAACCAGACAAUAUGCCAGCUCCUGAGCAGACAUCUUUGGAAGAAGGACUGCAACAGACCACCCAGGAAUCUUCUACAAGUCCGGGCAUGGAGACAGAGGCUACUGCCACCACUAUUCUAGCUUCUGUAAAAGAACAGGAGCUCCAGUUUCAAAGGCUCACCAGAGAGCUUGAGGUGGAAAGGCAGAUUGUUGCCAGUCAGUUAGAAAGAUGCAGGCUUGGAGCAGAAUCACCGAGCAUUGCAAGCACAAGCUCUACUGAAAAGUCGUUUCCCUGGAGAUCUGCAGAUUUGCCAAACACAGGUGUAAAUAAACUCAGAGCAUCUGAGAGUGUUCAUAUUGCUUCUUAUCAUGUUGGAACAGAGCCAGAACAAGGGAAUCUCUACUCACCAGAGCAAACAUCGCUCCAUGAAAGUGAGGGAUCAGUGGGUAACUCUAGGAGUUCGACACAGAUGAAUUCUUAUUCUGACAGUGGAUACCAGGAAGUAAGCAGUUUUCACAACAGCCAGAACCUGAUAAAGGGAGAGAACAGACAGCAACAUUCCUUUAUCGGAGCAAAUAAUAACCAUUUGGUGAGAAGCUCAAGGGCUGAAGGACAGGCUUUGGUUCAGGCAUCCUCAAACAUAGCUGCCAACCGAGCCAUGAGACGCGUAAGUUCUGUUCCAUCGAGGGCGCAGUCUCCCUCAUAUGUGACCACUGCAGGCGUUUCUCCUUCAAGGGGAUCACUCAGAACUUCUUUAGGGAGUGGCUAUGGCUCACCAUCUGUUACUGAGUCGAGAUCUCUUAAUUCUAAUGUGUUUUCAUCUACAACAUUGCCUGUACAACGAGCAGCAUCUCCGUUUACUACACAGAGGCCAGCUUCGCCUAUCGCAGUGCGCAGAGUUGGCUCGGUAACAUCCAGGCAGUCGUCCAACCCCAAUGGAGGAACUCCCCAGUACCAGCCUGCUGUCAGAGUUGGGUCACCUCUUACGCUAAAUGACACACAGACAAGAGUGGGCUCUCCACCCCAAACCCAAGUUGGAUCUUCAUCGCCAAAACGUUCUGGGAUGACCGCUGUUCCACAACAUCUGGGGACAACGUUACAACGGACACUUCAUGAUAUCGAGCAAUAUGCACAGCAGUACGAUAUAUAUGAAAAAAUGGUCCCACCCCGUCCAGAUAGCCUUACAGGUGAUAUGAAUGAAUUUAAGCUACCUCUAUUCAACUUGGAGACAAACAGUGCCAUGAAUAUCCCUGUCAAAAUUGUUCUUGCAUUUGAAAAAAGCUUAAGGAGUUCAUAUGCUAGUCAGCACAGCCAACUUGGUCAAGAGCUGCGUUCGGCGGUGUCUCCUGAUCUGCACAUCACCCCUAUAUAUGAAGGUAGAGCCUAUUACAGUCCAGUGUACCACAGUCCAAAUCAUGGAACAGCUGAUGUACCCCAAGGAUCCCAAACAGCGUUAUAUCGAACUGGAUCUGGUGUUGGAAAUCUACAAAGGUCAUCCAGUCAGCGUAGCACUCUUACAUACCAAAGAAAUAAUUAUGCUCUGAACACAACAGCUACCUACGCAGAACCCUACAGGUCACUUCAUUAUCGACUCUCUGAGUCGAGCUACAACAGGAUGCAGCACCAUGCACCUCCUGCUGAUGAUGGCACCACAAGAUCUCCAUCCAUAGACAGCAUCCAGAAAGAUCCCAGAGAAUUUGCAUGGCGGGAUCCAGAAUUGCCUGAGGUCAUCCACAUGCUUCAGCAUCAGUUCCCAUCAGUUCAAGCCAAUGCUGCAGCCUACCUACAGCACCUGUGUUUUGGAGAUAACAAAAUAAAAACCGAGGUAUGUAGGUUAGGAGGAAUCAAACAUCUGGUUGACCUGUUGGACCACAGAGUCAUUGAAGUUCAAAAAAACGCUUGCGGUGCAUUGCGGAAUCUGGUGUAUGGAAAGUCGACAGAUGAAAAUAAAAUAGCAAUGAAAAACGUCGGAGGGAUCCCUGCACUUUUACGAUUGCUAAGAAAAUCCAUUGAUGCAGAAGUAAGAGAACUUGUCACAGGCGUUCUCUGGAACUUGUCUUCAUGUGAUGCAGUAAAGAUGACAAUCAUUCGAGAUGCUCUUUCAACGCUAACAAACACUGUGAUAGUUCCUCAUUCGGGGUGGAAUAAUUCUUCCUUUGAUGAUGAUCAUAAAAUUAAAUUCCAGACUUCCCUAGUUCUACGCAAUACAACAGGAUGCCUAAGGAAUCUAAGCUCUGCAGGAGAAGAGGCACGGAAACAAAUGAGAUCUUGUGAAGGGCUGGUUGAUUCAUUGUUAUAUGUGAUCCAUACAUGUGUGAACACUUCAGAUUAUGACAGCAAGACAGUGGAAAACUGUGUGUGCACACUAAGAAACCUUUCCUACCGUCUCGAGCUUGAAGUGCCUCAAGCCCGCCUUCUGGGUAUAAAUGAGUUGGAUGACUUUUUGGGGAAGGAAUCACCCAGCAAAGAUUCAGAGCCAAGCUGCUGGGGGAAAAAGAAGAAGAAGAAGAAGAAAACUUCACAGGAGGACCAGUGGGAUGGAGUUGGCCCAAUACCAGGAUUGUCAAAGUCUCCUAAAGGUGUGGAAAUGCUGUGGCAUCCUUCCGUAGUGAAACCAUAUCUGACUCUUCUAGCUGAAAGCUCCAACCCUGCUACUUUGGAAGGUUCUGCAGGAUCUCUCCAGAAUCUUUCUGCAGGCAACUGGAAGUUUGCGGCCUAUAUUCGAGCUGCUGUCAGAAAGGAGAAAGGGCUUCCGAUUCUCGUGGAACUGCUGAGAAUGGACAAUGACAGAGUUGUUUCUUCUGUGGCAACAGCUUUGAGAAACAUGGCGUUAGAUGUCCGCAACAAGGAGCUUAUUGGUAAAUACGCUAUGCGAGACCUGGUAAAUCGCCUUCCCGGAGGCAAUGGGCCAAACAUUCUCUCUGAUGAAACUGUGGCAGCAAUCUGCUGUGCUUUGCAUGAGGUCACCAGCAAAAACAUGGAGAAUGCCAAAGCUCUGGCUGACACAGGAGGAAUAGAAAAACUGGUGAACAUAACAAAAGGAAGAGGUGACAGGUCAUCACUGAAGGUUGUCAAGGCAGCAGCCCAGGUGCUGAACACAUUAUGGCAAUAUCGUGAUCUCCGCAGCAUUUACAAGAAGGAUGGUUGGAAUCAAAAUCAUUUUAUUACCCCAGUGUCAACACUUGAGCGUGACAGAUUCAAGUCACAUCCCUCCUUGUCUACAACGAAUCAACAAAUGUCGCCUAUCAUUCAGUCCGUUGGAAGCACAUCUUCAUCACCAGCGCUAUUAGGAAUUAGAGACCCUCGUUCCGAAUAUGAUAGGACCCAAACUUCUAUGCAGUAUUACAAUAGCCAAGGUGAUGGGAUUGCACAUAAAGAUAUGUAUACUGGGUCCAGCAAGCCUUCGCCAAUUUAUAUCAGUUCCUAUUCUUCACCAGCAAGAGACCAAAAUAGGCGUCUGCAGCAUCAGCAGUUGUACUACAGUCAAGAUGAUUCCAACAGAAAGAACUAUGAUGCAUACAGGUUAUAUUUGCAGUCUCCGCAUAGCUAUGAGGACCCAUAUUUUGAUGACCGAGUUCACUUCCCAUCUGCUACAGAUUACACAACACAGUAUGGACUGAAAUCAGCCACAAACUAUGUAGACUUCUAUUCCACCAGACGACCUUCCUAUAGAGCAGAACAAUACCCUGGGUCACCUGACUCAUGGGUGUAGCAUUAGAAAAUCACGAACAGAAACAUAUCUUUCUAACUUUUUUUGAAAAGCGAUUGAGUUAUGGGUUUGCUGUUUUGAGGGGGAAAUGUGGAAGUGAAUUGCAAAGAAGGAAACAAGGAAGAGGUUGGGGUUUUUUCCCCCCCUAGAGGGGAUUAUCUUUGAAGAUGGGAGAAAAUUUGGAAGAGGAAAUUGGAAAGGGAGAACUUUUGCUCUGUUUAGAUGUUAGAUCUAAUUACUUGUAGUUCCUAUAGUCUGGUGAAGGUGUGGGCAAUGUGACGAAAGGUUUGAGAAUUGAGGGGAAACGGCUUUGGGAAAUGUGUAGGUCAGAACAAAUUACAGAUGAUUUUUUUAAAAAAGAAAAAGAAAAUGUGAAUAAGAGUCUUGUUCUCAUAGUUUGUACAGAAAAAAAAAUAUGGAUGCCCUUCUUGUUUUACUGCUGUUACUAAAUGUCAAGAUUAUAUGCUAUCAUGUCUUGUAAAUUUCUUUUCAGUUGGUGUAAAUAUGGAAACGCCACAUUGGUUGGAAGUGCCAUCAUUUGUAAUGCCGUGCGUCAUUUUAAAACUGAUUUCAAAAGCUGACAUCUUUUAAAGAGGGGGGGGGAGGAAGAGAGAGCAUACAAGGAAAUGUUAUAAAUAAAUAUCAUUUUGUUUUUAAAAUGAAUGGUGUAAUUUUGAAGCACAAACCUCCGGUCCAGUAUAUCUGCACUUUUCUUAUCCCUUGCCUCAUUCACAGAGUACUUCACUGCCAUUUUUUAUGCCUACGGGGGGGGGGGGAGGGGAAAUAAAUGUGAACGUCUAAUCCAUGGAAAGUAGAUCCCUGCUCAUUCUUCAUUCUUUUCUGUGUUUACUGUUAAGGAACAAAUACAACAGAUCUGUAUGCUCAUUGUGAGUUGUAAAAUCAGGUUAAAUAUAUAUCUCUCUCUAUAUAUAUAUAUUUCCAAGCAUUUCUACCAUUUUCUCAUUUUUGUGAAGUUCAUCUAUUUCUUAUUUGUCAAGCUGGCAUACCAAAACAUAAAAUUAUGCACUUUCUUGUCUUCAUUUCCACAGUACUCAUGAACCCAGUACCUUUCACAGUUUAUAUCCCUUUGAAAAAAAAAAUUGAAAAGACGCAGAAUAAAGUAGAUAUAAUUUUCUUUUACAGAAUAUUUUUGUAAGUAAUCUGUCCAGCUGGCUCACAUCCCUCUUGAUUUAUUGUGCUUUCAUAACUGAGCGUUAAUUAAUUGCAUUCAUUUUCCUCCUGGCCCGUUGAUAAUUGCUAAAUAUUUAGACCACAAUACUCAUUAACUUGGGUGUAUUUAAAUUGCUUUGCCUGCAUCUGUUUGUUAGUGUUAUUCGAUAGGUGGAACCCAUGAAAGCCUUUAAAAGCGCAGGGGGGGGGGUGCACCAAGAGAUAAAACGUAUAUUAUUCUCAGGCUUGCAAGGGGGUAAUUAUCAGCUCUCCACCUGUUCUUAUUUAUUUAUUUAUUAACAAUACUUGUAUUCUUCCCCAUAAUCUCUGAGACAUUACUGUUGUAGAGCACACCAGUCUUUAACACAAGUAGAAAACAGCAAAUUCAGUUUAUAUUACACCUUAAUUUCAUGGGAACUCAAAGUGGCACUGGCAGUUUCCCACCCAGAUACUGACCACACCUAGACCUCCAAUAGCAUCAGCAGGUUGCCUCAACCUGUGUCUUUGGGCCAAGCCUUUUGUAUCUGUUUUUGGCAUGACAAAGGUACCUUUCUGCGGAAUGCUUUGCUCCAAAGGUUGAUUAUUUCAGAAGAUAACUCCACAUAUACGUCGUUGCUGGGUUUUUUUCCUGGAUGCUAGCUUCUUGAAUUGCUGCCUUCCGUAUGAAGGUCCAAGAUAAAACCUGUGGCUCCGCCACAUGGCUUGCUUCACCUCCAAAAGAUGCACCUCCUAUAUUGCUAGACAACUGUGUCAUUUUUUGACCUGGCCAACAAUAACAUGAUUCUCGGUGCCAUUUACCAGAGAGCAGCCAGAGGUAUUAUUACAUGUGCUUGCACACUGGGGCAUUAUGGAACAUAGGAAACUGCCUUAUACUGAAUCAUACCAUUGGUCCAUCUAGGUCAGUACUUUCUGCACUGCCUGGCAAGGUCCCUCUGCGGUUUUCAGGCUGGGCUCUCCCCUAGCCCUACCUGCAGAUGCCAGAGAUUGAACCUGAGACCUCCAGUGUAGAAAGCAGAUGCUCUCCCUCUGCAUCUGAUACUCUGAGCCAGUGUUUCUCAAACUUUGGUCCCCAGCUGUGGUUGGACCACAACUCCCAUCAUCCAUAGCUAGCAGGUCAGGGCUGAUGGGAAUUGUAGUCCAACAACAGCUGGGGACCAAAGUUUGAGAAACGCUGCAUUGAGCUAUGGUCCUUCCUGAGUUCAGAAUAUGAGAAUCUCUGAGACACUUCAAGGUUUGAGAAAAACACUGUAGAUUACUAAUUCUGGGAGAAUGUUUUUGGGGAAAUUGAAUUCUGGCCAGGGCUGAUGGGGGUUGCAAUUGAAAACAUCUGGAUGAUGUCAGGUUGCCAAUAAGAAAUGAGCUGAAGGGUGCUAGGGCAUUUUAUUCAUUUAUGAUAUCCUUACGCUUUUGGUCCCAAGUCUAAUGUUUACACUUAUUUUUGGGGUACUUUUAAGACGAGGGUUUUACAAGUGUCAAGAACACUGAACCAACAUCUCUUAACACCUAUAAGCCAUGUGGAGACUGCCAGUUACCAUUUUUAUCACAUUAGGCCAGCAUCAUCAGCAAAAGUGAUGCUGCCAAAAUCAAUGAGUUGCUUGUAACCCCCAUAUAGCUUGAUUGGUGGGGGGAGGGGAAGCAGCCUUAUAGAUUUGGCAUGCUGUUCCAUCAGGGAGCCUCUCCAGAGAUUUCUCCUUUUUUGGUGAAAUAACUGCUGGGCCUGUUGCCCUCAAUCUGUUCUGUCGUGUUUCAGCAUUUGCUUACUUUGUGUGUGUCUGUCUCCUCUCCCCCCCCCCACUUGGUCUCAUAAUUUAUGUGCUUUCUAGAUUAUGGAGCUUUAAGCAAAUGAAAUGUAAUGGCGAGUUUCCAUUUAUUCCUGUUUGGCAUGUUUUAUCCCCCCUCUUUUCUUUCCUUUUAAUUAAUGCAGGAUUAAUGUCAGGUCAGCAAGUUAAGCUUGCAAGUGUAAGUUGACCUCGCCAGUGGGAACAAUUACCCUGAUGAAAAGGAGUUGCUUGAGCUUGACAGCCUUUGGAGUGGGGAGACGCUCCUUUGGAAAUUAGGAUGUUAGGAUGGUAAAAGGCAAUUUUGUGCAUUUACAGUGAAAUUAUGUGGUGGAAAUAUGGUGCAGGGGUGUGUGAACUAGCCAACAUUUGGAGGCUUCCAGAGGAAGGGGCUUUCACAACUGCAAGAAGACCUUUCUUUGUAACUUCAUGACGUAGACUUAAUAGACAAAGUGUUAUAGACAAACAUUCUCUCUUACACAACUCUCUGUCUGCUGUAAGCCAUAGCCAUGCUGAAUUAAAAUAAUGUAUUUGCCUGCCCUGAAUUGCACUGAAAAGAUUUGAUUGCAUAAUCCUCUGUUGCUAUGGAAGGUCAGAACUACACAUCGUUGGAGAAACAUGCUUGUUUCCAAGAAACAUACAGUAGGCUCUGUAUUUCCUCCUCUUUCCCCUGCUAAUACUUAUUUGUAAAAUAUAUACCCCAUCCAUCACUAAACAAUCAUAGGACGGGUCACAAUGACCUAAGCUACAAGAACCCAAACAAUAAACAUUAAAACAAAAACUACAGUAUAGACCAGGGGUCACCAACUUGGCACCUAUGGGUGCCAUGGUGCCUGUGAAGGCUUUCAUUGGUGACCCCACA